AUGACAUCGCCGAACAUCGUUGAGGUCACCUCCUCACGGCUUCCUAUGGCCACAACACAACGUCUGUACGGCGGCGAGGAAUAUUCCUUUAAUACUGUCUAUACCCCUUCAAUUUCAUCACCAUCCUACUCGGAAGUUCAUUCUGGCCUGCUGCACUCGCCAAGACCACUGUGUACACCUAUGAGUUCGACCUUUUCGAACACCCCUGGAAUAAAUGGCAGUCCGUCUCGGCGUUAUAGCGCCGGUUCCUACGGUCAUGAUUCCGGAAGCAAUGCCAGUUCUAGCGCGUCAACACCUGGUUCCGAUGCCUCACAUGCAGAUGGCUAUGCUUAUGCGAGAGAUUCGACGGCGAGUGAUAUCGUUGUACCAAAGAUGGAACCUAUGGACGAAGAUAUCAAGAUGCCUAGUGUGGAGGUGGUACUACCGUCUCCUGGAGCAGCGCCUGGAGCUACGUCUUCAACAGCAACAACAAGAUAUGGACCCAUCAGAAGGCGAGGUCGACCAAAAAAGGAGAUCUCUGCUUCCAGUGCUUCUUCAGCUCAGCCAAAACCGACAGCAGGAAGAUCAAAGACAGGAUGUCGUACAUGUCGAAGGCGAAAGAAGAAGUGCGACGAAGGAAAGCCAGGAUGCGAAAGCUGUAAGAAGAAUAGCGUAGUAUGUGAGGGCUAUGAGCCUCUGAGGGUGUGGCAGGGUGAGAGGCAACCACGACCACCGAUACACUGGCCAAGUGCCAUUCUUGGCGCUGAAAAUGAUCUCGAUCGAGUACUUCUGAAGCAUUUCGAGAAUGAUCUUUGCGAUAGACUCCUUAGUCGAUCGGGAAAGAGCACCUUUUUGAGAGACGUCAUUGUUCCGAUGUCUAUGAGCCAUGAAGGCCUGAUGCACUCACUACUUUGUCUCUCAGGAUCGCACAUGCUUAGUCAAUCCGAAGACGAAGCGAUCAGAGCACGUACUGAGUGGCAUAGAUCCCGAGUCGUCAAUGAUUUGCUGAGCCUUCCGAACGAUGGCCGGGUAGACGAUCCCACAAUGGCACAAGUCACACUUACGAGUCUAAAUGCUCUACUUGCUCCGGAUAUUGUGGAACAAUACAGUCUGCACAUGGAAACCCUGAAAGCCUUCAGUGAACAUCAAACCCAUCAGUCAGACAAUCCUGCCUUUCGACAAUUUAUCAUUGGAUACUGUCACCUUUAUAAGAUCUCGAAGUGUGUUACUGCCUUGACACCGCCAACGACUUUGCCGAUGCCAGAAUUGAACGUCCCUGAAGAGUUUCUUCAACAAGUGGCAGGGCCCUUGAUCGGGUAUCUGGAUCCACUGUUCUACUUCAUCUCCAAGAUUAGACGUCUAAGAGAUUGUAUCAGAGAACGGAGUCAUGUCUCUCUAGGAGAAAUCUUAGAGAUUCAAGCGGAUAUCUCAUCAUGGAACAACCCUCAUCGCUCCAAACCGAGUAGCUCUGCUUAUAUUGCCUCGGAACUUUAUAUUAUAGCGGCACGUAUCUAUCUGUUCCGAACGAUUCGCCCUUCUCGGGAGUAUUUUCCUACGACUGAACCCUCGGAGCUCCAACGUCGGCUACACUAUUGUAUCAGUAAAGCGUUAGAGAUCCUCCAUUUAUUGGAUCCAGACGAUCCCAUCCAUGGAAGCCUUCUGAUGCCCCUCUUCCUUAUGGGAUGUGCCACUUUCAAUCCUGAGCAGAGACCACCUAUCAGUAGAGCAUUUGCAACUCUGCGCAGGUUCGAUGUUCUUGAGAAGAACAACAACGCUGAAACCAUCGUUAACCAAGUCUGGGGCCUGAUGGACGAACGCGAUGAGUCUUCAUGGGAUUGGGAAAAGAUCAUCAAAGAGUCUAAUCUAGACUUCUCACUUGUAUAA